AUGGAUUCAAGAUUCAGCGACACCGUUCCUUCCCUGAGGAGUAUUGAUGAAAAGAGUGAUGAUGAAUAUGCAUUUGUGAAAGCUUUACGUAUGACUGGUGGAGAUGGAGCCAGCAGUUACUCCGCCAAUUCUCUUAUUCAGAAAAGAGCUAUAUUAAUGGCAAGACCAGUCUUGGUUAAAAAUACAGAAGAAAUGAUGAAGAGUGUAAACUUUCCUAACUAUAUCAAAGUUGCUGAACUGGGUUGUUCUUCGGGACAAAACACGUUUUUGGCUAUCUCUGAGAUCACCAACACCAUCAAUGUGCUGUGCCAACAAUCGAACCAAAACCCUCCAGAAAUCGAUUGUUGUCUGAAUGAUCUUCCUGAAAACGAUUUCAACGCAACGUUCAAGUUCGUACCCUACUUCAACAAGGAGCUCCUGAAGACAAACCAAGCAUCGUGUUUCGUCUAUGGAGCACCAGGUUCCUUCUACUCUAGGCUCUUCUCUCGCAAUAGCCUCCAUUUUAUACAUUCUUCUUACUCUCUCCAUUGGCUCUCCAGGGUUCCAGAAAAACUCGAGAAUAAUAAGGAAAAUGUGUUCAUAACAAAUUCAAGUCCUCAAAGUGCUUUCAAGGCUUACUUGAAUCAAUUCCAAAAAGAUUUCACAAUGUUUUUAACGUUACGUUCUGAGGAAAUUGUCUCUAACGGACGAAUGGUUCUUGCCUUCGUCGGUAGAAACACUGUUAACAAUGAUCCAUUGUUUAGAGAUUGUUGUCACGCUUGGACACUGCUAUCAAAAUCUCUCUGUGACCUAGUCUUCGAGGGCCUAGUGAGUAACUUAAAACUGGAUGCAUUCAACUUGCCCUUUUAUGAUCCGAGCGAGCAAGAACUUAGAGAUGUGAUACAAAAUGAAGGCUCUUUUGAAAUCAAUGACUUGGAAACACAUGGAUUGGAUCUUGGUCAUAGUAACUGCGUAGACGAAGAAGAUAACUAUGAAGCAGGACACAAUGAGGCUAAAUCUAUAAGAGCCGUUACUGAACCAAUGCUCGCUGCUCAUUUUGGAGAAGAUAUUAUCGAUAUCUUGUUUGAUAAGUAUGCUCGCCAUGUGAGACAACACUCGAGCUGCAGUAACAAAACGUGUGUCACUCUUGUCGUCGGGUUGACUAAGAAAUAA